ACUGCAGCUUCACAGACUGAGCUCAAGUUGCGACCAUCGUGAAGGGCCCGGGUCCGUUGCAACUUGCAACGCAUUACAUUGAAUUUGUGCUUUGUGUGGUUCAUCAGAAGGACAGUGGUGGUUCAGGUACGCGGCCGGAGGAAGCAAACUACCUAAGGGUUUCUGAGGAAGUUGCCAAGCCUUCCAAGCGUCUUCGCGUGCGCUGCACUCUCAACAUCAAAAUGGAGGCCGUCUGCAGCACCCCCUGUGUGGGGCAGCUGCAUUUCGCCCUCAGUCGACCACUGACCAAGUCCCCGACCUUCGGCCCAUCCGUCCUGAUCCUCCGAAACCCCUGCCAGCUGGCGGCUCGCCAGCAAUCCUGGGGCGCCUCCCCCAAGGCCGCUCUCUCCAGCGCCCACUCUAGUUUCUCCUCUCCCCUUCCCGUGCCAUUCCAGUUUGUUGCUCCCGCCCGCAAGACGCGGUCCGCAAAACUGCCCGCGUUGCCGGCGGUGCGCGCAUCAACUGAGGAUGGGCAGCAGUUUGAUUAUGAUCUUUUUACGAUCGGGGCGGGCAGCGGGGGCGUGCGCGCGUCCCGGUUUGCAUCGCAGUAUGGGGCCAAGGUGGCAGUGUGCGAACUGCCCUUUUCCACCAAGGCCAGCGACGACAAGGGCGGCGUGGGGGGAACGUGCGUUCUGCGUGGGUGUGUCCCUAAGAAGUUGCUCGUUUACGGGUCCCAUUUUGCGGACUACUUUGAGGACUCGCGCGGCUUCGGGUGGUCGUUCCCGGGGGGUGAGCCCGAGGUGGACUGGUCGCACCUGAUUGAGAAGAAGAACAAGGAGCUGGACCGCCUGAACAACGCGUACAAGACUACGCUCAAGAAUGCCAAGGUGGAUCUCAUUGAGGGCAAGGGCACGAUCGUUGACCGCCAUACCGUUGACGUGGACGGCAAGCGCUUCAAGGUCAAGAACAUUCUCAUCGCCACGGGGGGGCGCAUCUUUGUGCCCCCCAUUCCGGGGGCGGAGCACGUGAUCACCAGUGAUGACGCAUUGGACCUGACUAGCGUCCCGUCCAAGAUUGCCAUCGUUGGGGGGGGCUACAUUGCACUCGAGUUUGCAGGCAUCUUCAACAGCGCAGGCGCUGAGGUCGACAUCUUCGUGCGGGGGGACAAGCUCCUGCGCGGCUUUGAUGACGAGGUGCGCGAGUUUCUGGCGGAGCAGCUGCAGGCGCAGGGCAUCCGCAUCCACUUCGGGGCCAAGCCCGUGGAAAUCGAGAAGCGCGACGAGGACCAGCUGACGCUCAAGACGGAGCAGGGUGACACGUGGCAGGGCAGCCACGUCAUGUUCGCCACGGGGCGGCGGCCCAACAUCAAGGGGCUGGGUCUGGAGGAAGCCGGGGUGGACGUGGACGAUAAGACGGCGAUCAAAGUGGACGAAUACUCGCGCACGAGCGUGGACAACAUCUGGGCGGUGGGUGACGUCACGGACCGCAUCAACCUGACGCCGGUGGCGCUCAUGGAGGGCAUGGCGUUCGCCAAGACGGCCUUCCAGGACGAGCCCACCAAGCCGGACCACACCAACGUGCCGUCCGCAGUUUUCACGAACCCCCCCAUCGGCACGGUGGGCCUGACGGAGGCGGAGGCGGUGGAGCAGUAUGGUGACGUGGACGUUUUCACGAGCACCUUCCGGCCCAUGAAGUCGACCAUUUCCGGCAACCCGGUGCGGACCUUUGUCAAGAUCCUAGUGGACGCCGCUACCGAUAAGGUCAUUGGGCUGCACAUGUGCGGCGAGGACGGGCCAGAGAUCAUGCAGGGCUUCGCUGUCGCUGUGCGGAUGGGCGUGACCAAGAAGCAGAUGGAUUCCACGGUGGGGAUCCACCCGACGUCAGCCGAGGAGCUUGUGACUAUGCGGACACCGACGAGGCAGAUCAGGAAAGAGGAGGCGCAGAAUGGGAAAGGAGAAAAGGAGAUGGCUGCAGCUGCGACAUAGGCGAGGGGACUCCCUUCCGGUUAUAAGGAAAUUAACAUCGACUUAUAUGCAGGCGCCUGUAGAUGUCCAAAAGGAGUUCUCGUGUUGAGGUUAUGCCGUUUUCGAGUGUUGUGCAUACGACUUGAACUAAUUUCGGUUUGAAUAUGUGGAUAGAUUUGUGACGGAGUCACCUUCUUGCUAGCGCCUGAUCAAUGAGAAAACUUAUGAUCCAGCUGUGUCGAUACAUAGCCGGUAAGGGGGUUGGAGCUGCAACUUUGCUUCUGCGACUUUGCUUCGACAAUUUUCAAACCAUUGAUGGUUGUUUGACAAUCUCCUGUUGAUGAUAGCGCUCUGAUCCCUUAACCUGAAUGUAAACAUUGUCGGCGAUUGCGAACGUGUAUAAUAAGCUUCCAG